CGCGGCGGACCCGACCAGCCUCGCCGGCUCUGCCCGCGGGCCGCGAGCGCGACGACCAGGCGGCGGCGUGGGCGCGUCAGGCCGGGCGAGGGCGAGAUCACGGAUUCUUUGAGGUGGCACUGAAAGCACUAAGACCUGAAGAUGAGUGAACUUGACCAGUUGCGGCAGGAGGCGGAACAACUGAAAAACCAAAUCAGAGAUGCUCGAAAAGCAUGUGCAGAUGCAACUCUCUCCCAGAUCACAAACAACAUCGACCCUGUGGGAAGAAUCCAGAUGCGCACCAGGAGAACACUGAGGGGGCACCUGGCCAAGAUCUACGCAAUGCACUGGGGCACUGAUUCCAGGCUUCUCGUCAGUGCCUCGCAGGACGGAAAGCUCAUCAUCUGGGAUAGCUAUACCACAAACAAGGUCCACGCCAUCCCUCUGCGCUCUUCCUGGGUCAUGACCUGUGCUUACGCCCCUUCUGGGAACUACGUGGCCUGUGGUGGCCUGGACAACAUUUGCUCCAUUUACAACCUGAAAACUCGCGAAGGGAAUGUGCGUGUGAGUCGUGAGCUGGCAGGACACACAGGUUACUUGUCCUGCUGCCGAUUCUUGGAUGACAAUCAGAUAGUCACCAGCUCCGGAGACACCACGUGUGCUCUGUGGGACAUUGAGACCGGACAGCAGACGACCACAUUUACUGGGCACACUGGAGAUGUCAUGAGCCUGUCUCUCGCUCCUGACACCAGACUGUUUGUCUCUGGUGCUUGUGAUGCUUCGGCCAAGCUCUGGGAUGUCCGGGAGGGGAUGUGCAGGCAGACCUUCACAGGCCAUGAGUCGGACAUCAAUGCCAUCUGCUUCUUUCCAAACGGCAACGCGUUUGCCACUGGCUCAGAUGACGCCACCUGCAGGCUGUUUGACCUCCGUGCAGACCAGGAGCUCAUGACCUACUCCCAUGACAACAUCAUAUGCGGGAUCACCUCUGUGUCCUUCUCCAAGAGCGGGCGCCUGCUGCUCGCCGGGUACGACGACUUCAACUGCAACGUCUGGGAUGCGCUCAAAGCAGACAGGGCAGGUGUCUUAGCUGGACAUGACAACCGCGUCAGCUGCCUGGGGGUGACUGAUGAUGGCAUGGCCGUGGCGACAGGGUCCUGGGACAGCUUCCUCAAAAUCUGGAACUAACACCAGUAGCAGCAGGUGGACGCCACGGAGACUGGAAGACCAUUCCGACCUUGAAGCGCUGCAGUGAUAGCAUAUCCUAUCCAACCGUACUAACGUGGACACCCACACCUCCCCUCAGAACUUCAAAGGGCAAGAUCUUUUUCCUUCACCUAUUGCUGAAACCAAGAGCACAAUUCCCAUUACGAGAAGGUCUCUGUGCUGUAAACUAAAACAAAUUGUGCAUUCCUUCCGGGGCCAUUGUCUUUGUUUUCUUUUUGUCUUGGAUAAAUUUUAAAAGGAAAUACUACAAUAAACAUGUUAACCAGAAGGCCACCCUGAGUGUAAUUGUGAGACAGACGCCUCUGCACUAGCAGGUGGAACUGUAGACCAGGGUCCUGUUCUGUGGCACCCAUGCAGAGCCAUUUGAGGACUCUGUUGAGCUUGUGAUUGUUUCUGAAUUUCGAGUCAGGUCCAUAGCAGGGUUCUGGACGCUUUCGCACUUCCUUUUUCAGACAUACUUCUCUGUGUUCAGAAGUCAAGCAAGACGGGUGUCUGGGGCAGGCCUCUGAUACUGCCGGUGAGCUGGCUCGUUCUCUUCUGGUCCCAGAUGGCUGUGGACGAGGAGUGCUGAGAAGCAAGAGCGCAGUCAGAGUCCUGCUCCAGCUCCCUCCUAGCCCGUCCUCCUGGCCAGCUCUGCCCAGCUGUCUCCACUCUCACCUUGGGUUUCCUGUGAAGGGACGUUUGUAUUCCCCUAACACUACCCUGCCCCGCCCCGCGUCAGGAACCUGUUCUCAAGAGAGAUGCCUGUCCUGUGCUUGGAUAGUCAGUCGGUUAUUUGUGUAUGAAACAAUGUACAAAUCAAUGUUUUGAAAAUAAUGAUCUCAGACUUUCUAAGUUGAAUUUUAAACACUUUGAUUGUUUGCCAUGUUGGGUGGUUUACUCUUAGAAUCGCAUGCUGUAGAAAUGCUCACUGCACAUAGGACUCAGUCCUUAGGUGUUCUUUUCUUUUAAGAAAUACCCUCUUAAAGCUGUAACCGUGGCGGCUGUCCACUUCCUGUCGCUACUCUGCACACAUAUCGGAAGCAGCAAGCGCUCUACACGUCUGAGUAGCGGGAUAAGUCACUGUUUUCUUUACUUCUUUAAAAAAAAAAUACAGUCCUGUUGCAAACGAUUGCUGUUGGAUUCUGAGGGAAGGGGUGGGGGGAGCGACAGAGAGCCCUCCUGCCUCCUUGCGCCAGGACCGCCUUCUGCACCCGAGGCAGACCUCCAACUCUCAUCUCGAGGGCCCCUCCUCCCUCGCCCAGUGCUCCUCCUAGCUGCAGUAGAGGCUUCGCCAUCCUGUCUUCUGCACCACCUGUGCAAAACUGUGCUGUGGCCUGCAGAGGGCCUGGGCCUGGCAGAGAGCACAGUGGCCCUCCUGCUCUCCACCUGCACCUCUGUAGAGCUCUCUUCACCCCCUUCUCCCCUUCUGUAUUUAAAGUCGGUGUACUGCAAGGAGGCUGGAUGCAAGGUAGAUGCUAUGUUGAACUGUACUGUUAUUUAAGAUGUAAUAAAGCAGUUUGACAUGAG